UCUAUUCUUCUCUAUGGAAAAUUGUAUUUCUUUAAAGACACAAUUUGUCUUUAGUUACUAGCAACCGCUGUUUGUCACAAAAAAACCUACAUAGCAAAACCAUCUGUCCAGUAGAAAUAAGAAAAGGAGAAACUGUUUUUUGAAGUAUAACCACAAAAUACUCCUGAACAUCCCUAAACAGCAACAUGGCCUUAUGAGAAGUACGUGCCCACCUGACAUUCCCUAUGCAGGCACUAGCUAGACUGUUAGCUAUAGCAAUAGGUCAUACCCUGACACGUGCUGACCAUCCCAAGAUAAAAGAAAAACACAGCUAAUGCUUCACUUGGUCCUCCCCAGCAGCCCACAAGGAGUUUGAUAAAUAUCACACCUGUACUACUGACAUUCUUCCCAAAACAAAACUCUGUGUACAAGAUGUAAUAGAUUAAUUUUUGUAUUGGGCAGGAAUAGAGAAUAUGAAAGAACAUAUGCACGGGGUCCGAUAUGAGCACUUUUGCUGAGGCUGUGCAGUGAGAGGCCCUUGCAUCUCACUACUUGCAUUGCUCUUGAAAUAUCCUGGAAAGAGUGACAGGUGGCUCUGCCAAGCUGUCCUGCAAAGUAAUGUCAAAUAUGAGACCUGCAAUCCUUGCAUCUAAAUGUAACGAGGAAGUCAUCAAUUCUGCAUCUAGACAACCCCCCCUGAAGCAAUUGCAUUCCUAUUUCCACAAACACUUGAAUCUGUCCUUUCCAAUUGCCUUGUUGGUGCAAGAAGGCUUGUGUUCAUGAUAAAAAGAAAAGGAUUUAGGCCACCAUUAGAAGACUGAAGAUUAACACUCCUAGAGGUUAGUCAAGCUUGCCAACUAUAUUACCUUUUUUAAAAGUUCUCAGUGGAAUUUUUUUAAUGAUCUGUAGAGAUUGUCCGUUGUACCGUUUGUAUGAAAUGUGUAGACCAAACAAAUGGCUGAGAAAGAAAAAAGAAUCAGUGCUUUGGAGAACACCAUAGUGCUAGGGCAGAAGGUCAUCAAUGUGUAUAUGAGCCAGAGUCCAGAGGCUAGUGUCAUUAGGCAAAAAUAACACUGAUGUCAUUAUGUAAUUUAAGAUUUCCCAAUCACAGAAAAAUCAAGGUGUUAGGGGGCUUUUCUUGACACAAAACAAUGUCACCUUUUAAAGAACUGGGUUAUAGAGAAGAGCAACAUGUUUAGAUUUUAUUUCACAGAGACUGUGAAUUUGUCCCUUAUCUCACAGUUGUGUGACAAAAUAAAUGUGCAAAGUUAGAUGUCUGCUAUAAAACUACAUCCUAACACAGAGAGAAAAUCCCAGUUUCCACACUGGGCCCCUUAUAAACUUUUUUAUCCGUAUAUGAAAAGGUACCUUUUACAUGAGAGGUAGCUAUCACCAGGUGAAUCUUCGUGCUGGCAAGCUGCUGUCUAGAGGAGCCAAACCUAGCUGGCAGGUGUCAACCUUACCUCAGUAGCAUCAAAUUAAUACUUUUUUCACCAUUAGGAACGUGUCUUGUGUCUUCAAAUAAUCCUCUCUACUAGUAAAAAUCUCUAUCUUUUCUGCAGCAAAGGGUAUAAACAAGUUGAGCACAACAGUUCCUUCAGGAGUGUCAGGACUAGUUUAUUGGCUGGCAGCACUACAUAAGUACAUUCCCAAAGCAGCAGGAGUUUAGCUUCCAGUUUCACUGGUCUCUCUACUUAAGGAAGAGAUGAGCUGCUUGCACCAGGAGUCAGCCUGUUCACAGAGCCUGUCCCAGGAGCAUGCCUGGCCUUGGCUCAAGCUGCACAGAAGGCUGACACCAUCUCACUAACCCCUCCUUCUCAUUUUCCCUCUCUCUCACUCUUUGCCUGUAGUUAUUUUUAGAUUUUGUGGGUUAAAGCUUGUCACUUCUGGAUGCUCAUACGCACAGGGCAGGCAUACGCACAUGCUGUAGAUGCUACAACUCGGGCACAGGAGUUAACCAACAGAUCAUCUUGUUCCACCUCAAGGAAUAAAUUCCUAUUUCUUAUGACAAAAUACUGCCCUUUGAGAGGAUGCACAACGUGUUCAACCACAUGGAAUUCUGUUGCUUGCAAAUUUGACUAGGAGACUCAACGGAUAGAAAACGCGGUUUACACAGCAACUUCCUCUUUUCUCAAAUUUCCUGCCACUUUGCAAGAUUUUGCUUUCUUUCAACAUUUGCUUUAAGCCUGAAUCCCAUGCCGUCCGCCAUAAAUGCAGCUGUGGCUCAGCAGACCGCUGCUGGGUCAGUUCCCAAUGCUACUAUUAGCACUACAACCGAAGGUGCGGGUGGGGGCACAGGGGGGAUUUAUUCUGCCAUUAUAAGUCGCAACCAGCCCAUCAUCAGAGUAAAGGAGAAGACCUAUGAAGAGCUUCACAAGAAGUGCCUGGAGAAAAACAUUCUCUAUGAAGAUCCUGAUUUCCCACCAAAUGAGUCCUCCCUCUUCUAUAGCCAGAAAAUCCCCAUCAAGUUCGAAUGGAAAAGACCACGUGAAAUAUGUGAGAAUCCACGGUUUAUUAUCGGUGGAGCCAACAGAACAGAUAUCUGCCAAGGAGAAUUAGGUGACUGCUGGUUCCUGGCUGCCAUUGCCUGCCUGACACUGAAUAAAAAGCUACUCUGUAGAGUCAUACCUCAUGACCAGUCCUUUAUACAAAAUUAUGCUGGCAUCUUUCACUUCCAGUUCUGGCGCUAUGGAGACUGGGUGGAUGUCAUCAUCGAUGACUGCUUACCCACGUACAACAACCAGCUGGUCUUUACCAAGUCCUCCCAGCGCAACGAGUUCUGGAGUGCCCUCCUGGAAAAGGCCUACGCAAAACUCCAUGGGUCAUAUGAAGCUUUGAAAGGAGGCAACACCACUGAAGCCAUGGAGGACUUCACUGGAGGAGUCACAGAGUUCUAUGAGAUAAAAGAUGCCCCUAAAGAUAUAUAUAAAAUCAUGAAACAUGCCAUUGACAGAGGAUCCCUCAUGGCCAGCUCCAUUGAUGAUAACCUAGGCUUUUCCUAUGGAUCAGCUCCUCGAAGUGACAUUGGGGAACUGAUCGCUCGGAUGGUGAAGAAUCUAGAAAACGCACAGAUGACUCACUCCACUGUAGACUACCAGGGGACAGAUGAGAGGCCAGCCUGGACCAUAGUACCGAUGCAGUAUGAAACCCGGAUGUCUUGCGGGCUCGUCAAAGGUCAUGCCUACUCUGUCACGGCUGUGGAAGAGACAACAUUUAAAGGGGAAAAAAUACGUCUGGUAAGGCUGAGAAACCCUUGGGGGCAGGUGGAAUGGAACGGACCUUGGAGUGACAAGUCAGAGGAAUGGAACUUCAUUAAUGAAACAGAGAAAAUCCGCCUGCAGCACAAGAUCGUGGAGGAUGGGGAGUUCUGGAUAUCAUUUGAAGAUUUCAUGAGGCACUUUACAAAACUCGAGAUCUGUAACCUCACACCUGAUACUCUGGAAGCUGAUAAACUCCAAACCUGGACGGUGUCCGUCAAUGAAGGGCGCUGGGUGAGAGGCUGCUCAGCUGGAGGUUGCCGCAAUUACCCAGAUACAUUUUGGACCAAUCCCCAGUAUCGCCUGAAACUCCUGGAGGAAGAUGAUGACCCUGAGGAUGAAGAAGUUGUCUGCAGCUUCCUCGUCGCACUGAUGCAGAAAAAUAGGAGGAAAGAACGCAAGCUAGGAGCCAACCUGUACACCAUUGGCUUUGCCAUCUAUGAGGUGCCCAAAGAGAUGCACGGUACUAAGCACCACUUGCAAAAGGAUUUUUUCCUCUACAAUGCCUCCAAAGCUAGAAGUAAGACCUAUAUAAACAUGAGAGAAAUCUCUGAGCGCUUCCGGUUACCUCCCAGCGAGUAUGUCGUCAUCCCGUCAACAUACGAACCCCACCAGGAGGGAGAAUUCAUCCUGAGGGUCUUCUCAGAGAAAAGAAAUCUGUCAGAGGAAGCUGAAAACAUGAUUGAGGCAGAGCGUCCAUCAAAGAGGAAAAAGGGCAAGCCUAUCAUCUUUGUUUCUGACAGAGCAAACAGCAAUAAGGAGCUGACAGCAGAUGAAGAUGCUGACAAAGAUGGUGAAAAAACCCACACAAACGAGAAAAAGCGUCCUUCAGCAAAAUCUCGUGAGGGGAGUGAAGAGGAAAAACAGUUCAGGAAUAUUUUCCGACAGAUUGCAGGGGAUGACAUGGAGAUCAAUGCUGAGGAACUCAGGAAUGUUCUCAAUAAUGUCGUAAAAAAACAUAAGGACCUAAAGACAGAAGGAUUUGAACUGGAAUCCUGCCGCAGCAUGAUUGCUUUAAUGGAUACAGAUGGCUCAGGGAAGAUAAACUUUGAUGAGUUUCGACAUCUCUGGGACAAGAUUAAAAGCUGGCAGAAAAUUUUCAAGCGUUAUGACACGGAUCAUUCAGGAACCAUUAACAGCUACGAGAUGCGCAAUGCAGUCAAUGAUGCAGGGUUUCGGCUGAACAACCAGCUCUACGACAUCAUCACCAUGCGAUACGCCGACAAGAACAUGAACAUCGACUUUGACAGCUUCAUCUGCUGCUUCGUACGCCUGGAUGCCAUGUUCAGGGCAUUCCACGCCUUUGAUAAAGAUGGAGACGGCAUCAUUAAGCUCAAUGUCCUGGAGUGGCUGCAGCUCACGAUGUACGCGUAACACCAGAGUCAGAGGCCACUUUCAUCAUUCAAGACUUCUGUUUUGGGUAACUAGCUCCAUUCAUCCCCAAGUGCAAACAAGAACAUUUGCUAAUUAUGUGCGUUGCUAACCAAGACAAACAGUGCAUGGGAAGAAGCCCUUGGAAAAAGAUAAGCAUACUCCAGUAGACAGAUCAGCACACAUAUUCUGCAACUAUUUUUGUAACUUCCUGAUAUUUUCCUUCAGGCAACAAGGAUUAAUCUCCUGAUGACUGAAUUAAGCUUUUUCUGCAUGGUAAAGACACAGAGCAUGCGUUGUUAUUCUGCUUAUGCUGACAACUGGAAAAUCUUCACUCAGGCAAAACUGGGACUGUAUCUUAACUGUGAAAAUCAGAGGUGUUUACUACCACUGUGUAAUUAGUCAUGAACUCUUUGCCCUGCUUCUGAUACUACAAGUUCAGCCUCUUCAAAAUGUUCACUGAAUAUUUCACAUGAGAUUGUGCUCAAAUAAUAUUAUGCAUCCAAUGACUUACGUUGUUACAGAUGUGGCUGGGUGGAGGUUGGUUCUCCACUCUGGUAGAAAUGGGGAAGUAAGGCACAGGGGACUGCAGUACCUGCGUACAGCUUGGUCUAGUGCCUCAGCAAAAGGGGCAGAACCAAGCAAUUUGCUCUCAUUUUUAAGUACCCCCAUAGAAACUUAAUUACACAUUGGACAUUUUAAAUGUUUAUUAUUGUAACUACAUUGUCUAUAAUAUCGAGAAAAUUGUUUCCCGUUUGAGACAGAAAACCUCCUAUACAUACAGAUUUAUAUAGCUACACAGGCACUUCCCUCCCACCUCAGGGUCCUAUUUCCUGAGUUUCAUGUGUAUCUUCACUGUAACUGAUGAGUUGUAGCAGAAUCAGACACUAUGUAAGCAUGACCACUUUGGGAAGAUUAUUUGAAUGUGUAUGUAAAAUUAGUUUAACUGAACUGAAAAUAAAAACAACCAGA